UUGCCGUGAGCUAAUACAGGAUGGAAAAUCAAACCAUCUACAGACUUGUCAGUAGCCUGUCUAAUGUUUCGCUCUUCUCGGCCAUCCCCGCACGACGGGCACACAAGCGCCGGCGACCAAGCGCAAAAAUGAACUGUUGAAUGAAUGAGGCUGGGAUUUCAAUUGAGUCGUAAUAUCGGUAUUUGCAAAUUCUUGAUCUUUAAUCUUUGGAGAGCAAGUACUCACAAUGGAAGACUCGGGUGUUCUCGUACCGCAGACACAGAUAAGCCAUGACCCAUUUAAGUGCGUUGGGUGCCUUUGCUAGUGGUGAGAUGCUCCUCUUUCGCUAUCGCCGUUCGACAGGCGGACCUGAUGAGAAAGAUGUUGUCAAAUUUUUGGCAGAUUGCUCAUGUCUUUAUCGUUGCCUUGUUCAUUGCAGCAAGUGCCGUCGCUGGUCCUUGCACUUCCCGUUCACCUAUUCUCAACCGCGGUUAUACAAACCCAGCACUUGGACCAAUUGACGCGCUCAACAACCCUGUGCUCUUCGCCAGUGCUUUCCGCAACAGAACCAACUUCCAAGCAGCUGUAGCGGCGGCGGCUGGCGAAUGUAACCCAGGCUAUCACUCAUGUACUCCCACCUCGUGUUGUAUGAAUGGGUAUAUAUGCUGCCCAAAUCGUUCUUUUUGUUGUCCACAGGGCUAUUCCUGUGGGGCAACGAUCUGCAUCCCGUACGGCGCAGUACCUUGUGGGGCCGGUUAUUGCAACCCAGGCUAUUAUUGUUAUCAAAAUGGUUGCAUUCCGAACGGUGGGACCCCCUGUGGUACCGGUCAUUAUUGCCAACCAGGGAAAUCAUGCUGUCAGAAUGUCGGUUGCUGCGACCCAGGGUAUUCAUGCAGACCUAACACCUCUUGUUAUCUAUCUACGACUACGACGACUACGACGACUACGUCUACGACUACUACUACAAACCCAGGAGUCCCUUGUGGAACUGUACAUUGCAAUCCAGGCUAUUAUUGUGCUGACAAUGAUUGCAUUCCGAACGGUGGAACCCCCUGUGGUACUGGCCAUUACUGCGAACAGGGAACAACAUGUUGCCAACCCGGUGUCAGUUGCUGCAAUCCAGGUUACUCAUGCGGAUCGGAUAAUACCUGUUAUGCAAACACUACCACGACAACCACGACGACCACGACGACUACCACCCCUACCCUACCUCUACCACCUCUCCCACUUCUACUACUACCACGACGACUACCACCCCUACCCCUACCUCCACCACCUCCACCACUUCUACUACAACAACUACUACCAUUCCAUCAUUCAGACCUCUACGACCACCGCCCCUACUUCAUCGACAACUCCGGCACUACCAACUAUCUACUUCGGGAAUGUACACGGAAUAAACGAUGCGGUCACUCGGAAUAUAUGCGAUGGUUUGAAAAAGCGAGGCAAAGGGGGCUCAGAAGUUUUAACAUAUGCCCAGCGAACCGAGAGUCAAAAGGAAACGAUUCGCGAUCAAGCUGGAUGCGUUGUUAGCAAGUGCAAUUCGACUGCCACAGGCCUCUCGUGCAAUGAGGUGCGACAGG